UCAACUCACCAUGAAACAUAAUACUUACAAUAAUAUUAUGCUGCUGCUCGUUUUUCUUCUAUUCAUUUGCAAAUUUGAGUAUUGUUAUUCAAACAAUAAUGGUAGCUGCAUUGAAGUGGAACGAGUUGCUCUUCUCAGGUUCAAGGACAGCCUAAUCGACAGAUCAAAUCGUCUCUCCUCAUGGACCGGUCUAGACUGUUGUGCAUGGGAAGGAGUUUCUUGUGGCUCUGUAACUGGUCAUGUUUGGAAGCUUGACUUACAUAACCCAGUUACAUAUGAUGAUGAUGUUGAUAUGUAUUGGAACAAUUGCUUGGGAGGUGAGAUAAGUCAUUCUCUAAUCAACUUGACAUUUUUGAAUUACCUUGAUUUAAGCUUGAACAAUUUCUCUGAGAUCCAAAUUCCUGAAUUCUUGGGAUCUUUAAAAAACUUGAGGUAUCUUAACCUCGCACUCUCAGGUUUUGUGGGAAAGAUUCCCCCUCAUCUAGGGAAUCUUUCGAGGCUAGAGUAUCUCAACCUUGAACAUUCAUUUGAAUUUGGCUUUUAUGCUAAUAACUUGGUUACAAAUAACUUGGAUUGGUUGGCCGGUCUUUCUUCACUAAAAAGCCUUGACAUGUCUAAUGUUUUCAUUCAACGAAGUGAAAAUUUGUUUGGCACGAUCAAUAAACUUGUGUCUCUCUCUUCUUUAAACUUGGAUUAUUGUCAGCUUAACAUUACCAAUCCUCCUUCAAUUGUUAAUUCCACUUCUCUCAUCUCCCUGGAUCAAUAAACUUGUGUCUCUCUCUUCUUUAAACUU